AUGUCAAAUUCAUCAAAUUCAUCAAAUUCAACAGCAGCAACUCCACACAGCAGAGCUUUAAAACGUUUAUCCAAAGAUUUCAUUGAAAUUCAGAAUAAUCCACUCGAUACAGUCUACGCCGAACCCUUUGAAAAUAAUUUAUUUCACUGGUAUGCAACUUUAUUAGCUCCACAAUCAUCCAAAUAUUAUGGCAUUAUCAUUAGUUUGGAAAUUACCUUUCCAAAUGAUUAUCCUCAUUCACCUCCAACUGUAAAAUGUCUCACUCCAUUGUAUCAUUCCCAUGUCUAUAGACAAUUUAUUUGUUUGGACAUGUUGGAGACACAUCACUCUGAAGAACCAUAUAUGGGAUGGAGUUCAAGUUAUUCAUGUUUGUCCAUUCUAUUGCAAUUGCAAGCUUUCUUAUUGGAAGAGGAGCAUCUUCAUCAAUCUCACAUUGAGAAAGAUAUUAAAGGUUCUAGAGCUACUCGUGUCCAAGAGACUGGACAUUGGCCACAAGAAGGAAAGAUUUAUCCGAUGGCUCCUCAUUGGAAUGUUGAGGAGGUGUUCAAUUCUGGUUUAAAGAAGAGAAAAUUCGAAAGUCAGGACGAAUCCGAACAAGCUCUCAAGAAGAUUCUUAUUGAGAAACUUGACGAAAGUUCAAUUGUUGGCAUUAGAAAUUCCACAAACUCUUUAACCAAAACAAUGAUUUCUUUUGAAGAUUUUCCAAAUGAAAUACUUAUCCACAUCUUUUCCUAUCUUUCGUUUAUUGAUUUGAAACGAGUAGAAACAGUUUGCAAAGCUUUCCAACAUGCUUGUGAUUGUAAAUAUCUUACCUACUCACGAGAAUUGAUUUGUUUCCAUUCUAAAUCUUCAUACAAGGAAGAAACACUUGGAAUUGGACUUUGGAUUGAGUUGAAAAAUGACGAAACUAUCAAGGAAAUCAAAACUCCACUUGAUUUCAUAAGUGAAUCAUCAUUCUUCCAUGAGGAGGUGUACAAGAGUGUUUGGGGUCAACCAAUUCAUGGUUGGAUUCCAUUGUUCAUUAAUCAAACUCAUGCAAAAUUCUCAGUUUUCAAAAAUUCACUUUCCUUUCUUUUGGAAUAUUAUCCUAAACUUCUCACUCCAAACAGAAAUGGACAAAUUGACCUCGAUAGUGCCGAACCAUAUGUCGAAUUACUUUGUAAAUUGAUGAACAAUAUGGUUGUUGAAAUUAUGAAAGGUGUCACACAUGCCUCUAUUAAGGCACUGUAUGGAUAUUUAUAUUUCCAUAGAUGGUUGAUCUAUUUGAUGGAAAACUUUCCAAAUUCUCUUGAUAAUAUCAAAAAGCAAGUUCAAAACUUUAUCAAUGAUGAAAAGUUUAGAACUAAAAAUGCAUGUCCAAAUAUUGGUGAGUUUCUUCCCAAGUUGACCAUUUUAGGUCCUUCUGGUUUCACAUGGGAUUCAAUCAAAUCAGCAGUGGUUGAUGAAACUGGUACUAGGAAUGCAUUAUGGGUGGUUAAGAAACAUCCAAAACUUUCCAAUAUUCAUUCAGAUCAAAACAAUUAUGAAAGAUGUCAGAAAUCAUGGGAAGAAAAUAUGGUUUCUUGUAAAUUAAUCAUGUUCCAUGUCUUCUUCUUGAGAAAUGUUGUAGAAGCAUAUGGAGAUUUGCCUCUCUCAGAAUUAGGCAGAAUGUAUGAUAUUAAUUUUGGAGCUCCUCCAAAAACUAAAUCUGACGAAUCUCUUGAAGAUGUUCUUCAGAGAGAAGUUUUCAAAAUCCAAAAAGUUAGCUCCUUUGAGGAAUAUUUCGAAUAUGUUGGUUUUAAUAAUGAAUUUUCCUCAGCCACUACCAUUGCUCAAUACUUGAGAAAUUGUGUGAAAAAGAGUGAACAGAAAGGAUAUCACACAAACAAGAAUUCUAAUAGAAAUAAUCAUUCCUCAUCAUCCAAUAAUAAUUAUCGUGGCAAUAAUCAUAGAAACAAUGAUAAUUAUCAUGGUAAUAAUAAUAGAAAUUAUGACAAUUAUGGAAAUGGUAGAAAUGGCUAUUCUGGCAAUAAUAGAAGAUAUUAAUAAAUUGUAUUAUUUCUUUCAAA